AUAUAAAAAGGGUACUUUUUCGUACAUCGUUGUCAGUUCUCAUCAUUCCAUCCAGCCGCGUGCGGGUCAACUAUGGAUAAACAAUGGACUAUGGACGAUGCCGAGGCUGAUCAGGCAAUAAGAGAUGUCUCAGAAGAGGUGUUAGUUCGACUCAGCAGAGAGUUUCCUAGCUCUACAACACAAUCUAGUGGACGGAAGAGACGUUUCUCUACUAGUGACGAUUCCGUAAAGAAUGGAAAGAAACGAGCAAGAAGGGUGCAGAGAAUUGUUUCCUCCUCCUCUGAUGACGAUGAUUGCAUGGAUGACUCGUAUGCAGAUGAGGUUAUUAAAAAUGUUUCGUCUGACAUCCUAAAUGAAGAGACUUUGUUUUCUCCUAGCGUGAACUUCUACGGCUAAACAGAGGGAAGUAGAAGAAAGUACCCAGCUGCACAGGAGUGCAUUGGAUGGAGCGUUCAGGAGUCGCACCCUCUACAGUAGUAAGAAAAACGAUUUAUUACUUUUCUUAAAUGACUUAAAAGACAACCUAUCACACAUUCUUCAAGCUGACAUUGAUGCAUCGGGUACGAAGUGGUAUAUUUGUGUCAAAGCUCUUUUUUCAAGAAC